CGGCAGCCGCGGCGGGAUGUCCGGGGCUGAGGAGGCCGGGGGCCCGGCGGCGGCAGCGGGAGGACCCGCGGGUUCCGGGGCCGGGCCCCCGGGCGCUUCCGCCAUGGCCGUGUCAGUGUCCGUGCUGGGGGAGGCGGCCGGGCCCGGGCUCCCAGACGAGGCGGGCCUGCCCGCGGGCCGCCCGCUGCCCCUACCCGAGGCCGGCGGCGACCCAGAUGCGCCGCCCAAGAAGCGGCUGCGGGCGGCCGAGGCGGAGGCGGCGGCGGCAGCAGCGGCCUCGGCAGCGACGGCUUCGGCUUCGGCGGCCGCGGGGAGCGGGAAGCUAGAAGAGCGCCUCUACUCUGUGCUCUGCUGUACCGUCUGCCUGGACCUGCCCAAGGCCUCAGUCUACCAGUGUACUAAUGGUCACUUGAUGUGCGCUGGCUGUUUUAUCCACCUACUAGCAGAUGCCCGGCUGAAGGAGGAACAGGCCACAUGCCCCAAUUGUCGUUGUGAGAUCAGUAAGAGCCUCUGCUGCCGAAACCUGGCUGUGGAAAAAGCAGUGAGUGAGCUGCCGUCAGAGUGCGGCUUCUGCAUGCGCCAGUUCCCCCGCUCCCUCCUGGAGAGGCAUCAGAAAGAGGAGUGCCAGGACAGGGUCACGCAGUGCAAAUACAAACGCAUCGGUUGCCCGUGGCAGGGCCCCUUCCAUGAGCUGACUGUGCAUGAAGCAGAAUGCACACAUCCCACCAAGACUGGCAAUGAACUAAUGGAGAUUUUGGAUGAGAUGGACCAAACCCACAAGAAGGAGAUGCAGCUAUAUAACAGCAUCUUCAGCCUGCUCAGCUUUGAGAAGAUCGGCUACACAGGAUCCUGUGCUUCAAGAGAAUCCCCUGACCCAAGUGGGUGUUACAAGUCCUCUCCUUGUCGGCGGCCUGGCCCUGGGAGGGGAAAGUAUGUAAUAGGUCUCUUCCAAAUUCAUCUCAUGCGCUGCUGAGACAGAACGGUAACAGACAGAGCUGUUAAAAAUUAGCUGGCUGGAUCUCGUUGGAUCUUUGGCCUAAGAGUGGGACUUUUAACAGGCAGCAAUGCCAUACUACAUGGGGUCUGAACAUGCUGGGGCAGCUGGUGCCAUUGUGGGAAUCUCAAGCCCUGGCCCCCCAGAGGAGUCCCUGUCUUGGCACCAAGUGCAAGGCUGCACUUGAGAGAAGAGACUUGUUUCCCAAGGUGCUGGGGGCUGGCUUGAGCUGUGGUCUCUGGUGGAAUCCCCAGUUUAGGACCAUGUUCUUCAUCACUAGCCAUCUUUGGGGAGUUGGGUGGGAAUGAGCCAGAGCUGUUAACCUAUGCAGUCUGUGGGGCUGGAAGCCAGAUUAGGACUAUUCUCCUGCCUGCUAUGGAAGUAUACACUUUGUGAUGAGACAGACACUAGAGAAGCAUUUGGGUUAUGAUUGAUUCCAGGAAAAUGAUGAUGUUGGUCCUAGGCUAAUACCAUAAAUUGUGUGUAGCUUGAAAUAACUGGUCAACCUUACUACACAGAUAUGUUGUGCUCGCUCAAUUCUCUCUCAUAGAAAAUGUUGGAAAAUAUGUAUUUCUGUAUGAAUUGCACAAUAAGGCUGUAUAUGUAGCUGUGCUUUGAGAUUUUUUUGGUUUGUAAAGACUUAACACAUUAAACCUACCUGCUUGAUCCAGGGUGAUAGCUUGAGAACAUUGGCUAUGCCCUCUGGUGGACUUGGCCGGCUAAGGGUUUCCUGGACUGAGCCAAGUGGGACUAUGUCUGGAAAGGUUUGGUUAGUUGUGUUUAAUUUAUUAGCCUCUUUGCAAAUCUGAGCCCAGAGCAGCUCAACCCAAUGUAUUGUUUUCUUUAUACAUAAUCUAUACAUGUAUCUCAUCUGGCAUUCUCUGUACCCUGCUGAAAACGGACAGUCUGUAUUUCCCUUGCCCUGCCCUCUGGUUUGCUCUGCGGCGAUGCCAAGUCUGUGCCUUACCUUGUUGACGGCUGUGUAUCCAAAUCCAAAUAAAAUGCACAUUGUUCUCAGAA